GUUUUUUGGCAAAGAUUCAUAUGCUCAACCUUAAGUAAACAUUAAAUUCAAUUGAACGGAUCUUGUCGUUAAAUGUUUUCUGAAGUUCAGUACACACUGAAUGUAUCUGAAAAUAAGCUGAUUGAAAUCUACAACUUUGAAUGCACCAGGCAGUGCAAGGGGCUGCUAGACCUACCAAAAAGUUAUUGCUUCGUUUAGGAACAUUUUAAAUGUUGCAAACUUGAUUUUCUUCUUUGCAAACAUAAUGAAGGAUGUCUCUUGCUUCUGCUUAACUUUGUCUUCCUUGUGGAAACAGAUGGUGCAAGCUUACAAAUGUAUCUGUGGUAUUUUCUUAGUGACUCAUACACCAGAGCAACAGGCUUCAGACGGUGACACACAGCCAACCAAGAUGGACGUAAGCUUACUUGAGGAGCAGUAUGACUGUAUAAAACAGAAGCAAAAGCUGCAAACACACAUUAUUGUGUUUAAAACAGGUGAGAAUCAGUCUGUUCCUGGGGAAUCAAUGGUCAAUGCCGUUUUAAUUAAUAAAAAAACAAGGAAACCAAAAGAAUUUAAAGAACACAUUCCUGUCAGAAAGGUCACCCUGGAGUUAACUUCCAAUGGCAAUGUACAAGACAGUUCACCAUGGCGUACACACUUGGGAAUCCACCGUCUACUACAAGCUGAUUGUCAGAAGGCUCCAUGUGAUCUUGCCCACUGCAGGAAUGAACAGAUUAGCUUUGACAAUGAGAGAUUGAGUAUGAAGGAAAAUGUCAUGCUGCCAUAUGAAAAAACACUAACUGCAAGUGAACAAUCCACAGUAUCACUCAAUGAACUGGGAAAUUCAAGUAUGUUAAACAGUCCCACUGAAGAGAAUAGCAAUUCCAUUUCAGGCAUCUGCCAGAAGUAUUCUUUGAAGUCAGUCUCUUCAGCAAAUUGGACACACCAACAGAUUUCAUCCACAAAAUGUAUACCCAUAUCCAGGAAGCUAAGCUACUAUCCAUUCCCUCAGAAAAAAACACCCAGGAUCUCAGAAGCUGCAAGAAGACUUGGAUUAUAUGUCUCACCAUAAAGAAAUUUCAGUAAUGUGUAAAGUUUAGUUAAAAUUUAAAAUAAAAUUUCAGUGAACUAAUUUUUAAAGUAAUUUUGAUUUACUAGCUAAAGGGUUAGUACUUUAUAUUGUAAGAAUUUACAUGGGCCAAUCAAUGUGUUUUAGAAGUUCAUAGAGGCAAAAGUCUGUUAAAUGAGUUGCAAUGUCAUAAAGGGUAUUGGUCAAUAAAGAAUGUUUAUACCUAGAGCAUCAUCAGGAUUAUCCAUACUCAUUUUUGUACCUUCAAAUAUAGGAACUAAUGUUAACUCAUUUUGCAUUGAUUUCUUUUUUUUUCUAAAUCCAAACUACUGAUUUUUGAGGGACAAGAAUUCUAUCAUAGUGAAAUUACAAAUCAUUUGAAAAAGCCGUAGCAAAGAUUAGCAUUUACAAAAAUUGCUGAUGAAGCAACAGCAUUGGAUUUCAGUACUGCAAAAUUUGAUUAGCUGUCUGAACAAGCAACAAAUGAAGCAGGUUUUAGAACAACAGUAGCAAGGGUGAUUAAUACAUUCUAGUUAACAUGUGGUUUUAUUAUUCAUUUACUUUCACAAGUUAUUUAUGAUUGAUUUUCCUGUGUGUAUCCUAAAACAGUGAAUAAAACCAUCAGAUCCUAUUUCUGUUGCUGUCCUUAAUAGCAUUAAAUACAGCAAAUAUCCAAAUACUUUUCCUUAUAAUAAAUCCCACAUGCUGUUAAUUGUUUCUUCCAGCUGUGAAUUAGAA